CCGGUUGACCUCGACCGCGUUGAUGGCGUCUCGCGACCACGCUGCGAGCGGCUCGAGCGGGUGCACGAGGACGAGGCCGACGUGACGGACCUAGAACGCGACGAGCCAGCCGACUCGGGUUUCGGUGAUGGUGUGGGUGCUCUGCUUCGUGAUGGCAGCCGCGGCGGAACUUCCAAUCUUGAAUCACCUCGAUGUUGUCGAUGUCAAGAAAAAAAUGCGCUGUGCUGCACAACGAAACAAAAUAUGCGAAGUGGCGGAGCACUAAAAUGUGAAUGA